GUACGCGAAUCGGUUCGGUUGUGUCGUUGUCUUCGCCACUUUUAUCAUGUAGCUAUUCGUCGUCUUUGUCGUUGUCGGGACAUCGCCAUGUUUAUUAAAUUAAUUUCAUUGUAAAUGAGCAAUAUAGCAACACAGAGCUCGUCUUCGUCCCGAGCUUAAGUCAGUUUCAUACAAACUUUGUAAUUUGGAUCGCCAUAAACACGAAAAUAAAGUGAAAAAAAAAAAACAGAAAAAAAAUAAACAUCGUAUCGCCCAUUUGAAUAAUAAAAGUAUUUUUUUUUUUGUGUGGAAUUGCUUGGUAAAUUUGUGAAAUAGUUGAAAAGCAGUGGGAAAAUUCGUCAGAAAUUCAGUGUGUGCGAUUCAGUUGUCAAAAAACCUGUGUGGCAGCAAACGGGAAAAAUAAAUGAAUUUCAUCUCAAAAUCGUAUUUAUUUUAUUAGAGAAAAUUGUUGAAUUUAUUACAAACAAUGCACAAAAUUGCUAGCAAUUUUGAUGUUUUCGUGUUUAAGUGAGCGAAUUUUCUUGCGAAAUAAAUCGAUGUGGGUGAAUUUUAGUUUUGAUCAAAGUGUGUGUCUGGCUCUUUCGCUCGUGACGAUGAACACAAAAUAGAAGCAGCAAAAAAAAAAAAGAAAAACAACAACGUAUAUUCAUAUUUGACAUUCCAAGUGUUGAUCGAUGAUAUGAAAUUUCCUAGAAAUUAGUGUGACAAAGAGUAUGUUAUUAUUUGCGUAUAACUCAAUUUCAACAAACCUAAUGAAUGUGAGCGAAGAGUGUGUGUAACGCGAAAAUUACGACGACGACGAAAAAACAUAGAAAAAAAUAAAAAUAAAACAAAACCAAGUACGUCAACAAGAAACAACUUUACAUUGAUAGCAGCAAAUCAAACAAAACACAUAUUGCUGGUAAUAAUACGUACGGUUUUGUGUGUUUCGUGGUAGUGUGGCUACUGCACUUAUUAUUAGUUCUUUCUUUGAUUCUGUGACCGAGCUCAUCAUGAAAAAGGCUCGCUAAACAACAUAUUCGCAACGAUGAAUAUUCAUAAUAAAGUGAGUUCAGUGUGGUUUUAACUUGAUUUUGACUCUUUUUUUUCUUCGUUGGUGUGGAUGCUGCAUAUUUAUGAUUGUUGUCUUUGUUUGUUGGUUGGUUGUUCGAUGGAAAACACCAUAUUCAUCACGCGCACUUUUAUCUCUCGUCACACCAAAUAAGCCAAUUAAAAUAGCCAAAAUACAUGCUUGUGAAUGCACAGUGAUAUUUGUGAAUUGGCGUGACUAAGACUCACUUUGUGUAUUACGAACCGUUGAUUAUUGUUAUUUUUAUUUCGUUUGAGGCUGUGGAUGUAUAUUUUGAUUAAGUCUGUCAACUUAUGGCCUAUUGCUGUUGCCGUUGUUGAGGUCGUUACUGAUUCCGGUGCGUUUCCGAGAUCUCGUGCGUUGUGACGAAUGAAAAAGUAGAACGAAAAAAAACAUGCCAUCGAAAUUUGUUUUUUGGGUUUUAUUUCGGAUUCAUUACAUCGCUUUUUAUUUUUUGCGUAUCGCACAUUUUCGCUAACGUCGUCGCAAAUUUAUGAAAGAAGAAAAUGCAACAACAAAACGAAUAAUAAAAGAUAGAAGAAAGUAACCGCAUUCGGAAUUGGGUCAUCACUAAUUUCAUCCAAAAUGAAAACUAUUUCCAAUUGAAAGUGUAUUGAACGGCUUGGAUUUGCACGAGAAAAUAUCUCUAGCCCUUUCUCUCCCCAUCUCUAUCUCUCUCUCUCUCGUUCAGCGAGAAGAUACGGCACGCGGUAUAUUGAAGAAGUAGAAAAAAUAAGAUGUGUGAAGUGAGAUCGGCACACCGAGCAAUUUAAGCUAGCAACGACGUCGCUUAUUUGUAUUCCUCAAUUUGAUAGUGAUUACACACGGAGAAUUCGUGCUCUACAGUUGCUGCUGCUGUAGUUGUUGUUCUGUUGAUUUUUUUUUUCUGUUUCGAGUUGGGCUGUUUAUAUUUUUUCCGUGUUUUCUUGUGUGUGUUCUCAAAGUGCGUUGCUCUCUGCGUGUCCAUCAUCAUCGUCGUCGUCGUCGUCGUCGAGCGCCUUUGCCAUUAGGGAACCGAAGAACAAUUUGCCGUGAAAAUCAAUCUCUUUUUCUACGUUGGACAUCGAAACUUGAGGAGCAUCUAAACAGACUCAAUAACCGUGACACCAUGAUUUUCUAUAAUGUUCGAAGUUAGUUAGAACAUGUGCUACAAUUGUGAUGGCAUUAAUAAUGACAAUAUGAUCCAGUUUUUUGUGUUUGCCAUCAAAACGAAGCGAUUACAUCAGUGUUUCCAAUUUAUAUAAAUCUUUAUAUAUACAUAUUUCAUUUGUUACUUGUUUUUAUUUCCAUCGUACUGCAUCUUUUGUCAAUUCUUCGUGUUUGAUAUCAAUAUAGAGAGUCAAAGACGUCCAAUUUACUAUUGAAACAAAAUCUCCCUACAAACCCAAGUGCUUAAAAUAAAACGUACACAACAAUUUAAUCGUAAUGAACAGAAAGUAAAGAAACAAAGUGCAUUUCAAGCAAACGAAAUAACGAAACUAAAAACUUACAAAGUAUAUUUAGAAGAAGAAGAAGAAAAAAAAGAACAAAAUAGCCGUAUCCGCUUUUUCUUAAACAUUCGUCACAAUUGCAUCGAACAAUUGUGUACACGGGACCAGUUUCCAUGUUAGCAUGCUAAUGGAUAAAACAAAACAGAAACUGUCAGCACCAUUUGUUGCUGGACCAGAUGCGAAUGCAUCGCGUCAACGACAUGCCCCUUUGUACGGACGUCUAGUUGCCGAAGAACACCUGCCAGCUGCUCAUCGGGAUGCAGUUCACCAACUUUUGCAGCGGACAAAUAGUCCGACAUCGUCGACAGAUAUACGUGCGAUGCAGGCACGUAUCCCCACGCAUUUCCGUGAUCCAUCGUUAGCACCGUUGCGAAAACUCAGUGUCGAUUUAAUAAAGACUUACAAACACAUUAACGAGGUUUACUAUGCGAAGAAGAAGCGACGUGCACAACAAACACAGGGCGACGAUUCAUCGCAUAAAAAGGAACGAAAAUUAUAUAACGAUGGUUACGAUGACGAUAAUCAUGAUUAUAUCAUUAAAAAUGGCGAGAAGUUCUUGGACCGAUACGAAAUCGACUCACUUAUCGGCAAAGGAAGCUUUGGACAAGUGGUGAAAGCAUUUGACCACGAAGAACAGUGUCACGUGGCAAUUAAAAUAAUUAAAAAUAAGAAACCGUUCUUGAAUCAAGCACAAAUCGAGGUGAAACUGCUGGAGAUGAUGAAUCGAGCCGAUGCUGAAAACAAAUAUUAUAUCGUUAAACUGAAGCGGCAUUUUAUGUGGCGAAAUCAUUUAUGCCUCGUAUUCGAAUUGCUAUCCUAUAAUUUAUAUGAUCUCCUGCGCAAUACCAACUUUCGAGGUGUUUCAUUGAAUUUAACGAGAAAAUUCGCUCAGCAACUGUGUACGGCGUUACUGUUUCUAAGUACCCCAGAACUAAACAUUAUUCACUGUGAUUUAAAACCGGAAAACAUUUUAUUAUGCAAUCCAAAACGGUCGGCAAUUAAAAUUGUCGACUUUGGCAGUUCUUGUCAAUUAGGACAAAGGAUAUACCAAUACAUUCAGUCGCGUUUCUACCGAUCGCCCGAGGUGUUGCUCGGCAUUCCAUACGAUUUGGCGAUUGAUAUGUGGUCAUUGGGAUGUAUAUUGGUUGAAAUGCACACCGGCGAACCGUUAUUCUCGGGCGGUGACGAAGUCGAUCAAAUGAACAAAAUUGUGGAAGUGUUGGGCAUGCCACCGAAACAUUUGCUCGAUCAAGCGCACAAAACACGAAAAUUCUUCGAUAAAUUGGUGACUGAUGGUAGCUAUGUGCUGAAAAAGAGUCAAAAUGGGCGCAAAUAUAAACCGCCCGGUACUCGGAAAUUACACGACAUUUUGGGCGUUGAAUCGGGUGGACCGGGUGGUCGAAGAGCCGGUGAAGCCGGUCAUUCAAUAUCGGACUACUUGAAAUUCAAAGAUUUAAUACUACGAAUGCUUGAUUUUGAUCCUAAAACACGCGUCACACCGUAUUAUGCCUUGCAACAUAACUUUUUCAAACGAACCACCGACGAAGGAACCAACACCGCGAGUAUAGUGAAUUCCGUUAGUACAAGUCCAUCGGUUAGCUUGCAGCAACAACAAGAUCAACAAAGUCAUGGUCUAUCAAUACCAUCACAACAGCAGCAGCAGCAGCAGCAGCAACGUUCGGCACGCAUUGACCUAAUUAUGAAGUUGUUUCCCGAGCAAAAUGGCAACUUGAUGAAUUCGCUGCAUAAUCCAUCUUCGCUACAGCCGACAACGCUACAGCAAGCGGCAGCGAUUAUUCCAACACUCACCAAUAAUAGUAGUAUGGAACCAGUGAGCAAUGUCAACAAUCCCAAUGUUUCAUCGGCAGCUUUAAAUAGUUUAGUGGUUAACAAUUCAUCGAAUUAUCCACUUGAAAUGGAAUGUGAUCCCGUAUCGAGUGCAUCACUACCAUCGUCUUCAUCGUUGUCUACCAGCAGUACAACAACCAAUCCCACACUGCUAAAUUCCCGGUACAAUUUUCUGUUGUCCGGUUUGAGUUCGUCAGCAUCGAGCGGUGCACUGCUUAAUGGCAUUGUGAAUCCAACAACGAAUCCAGUGAUCGGUGGUUCGAUUGGUGGACCAUUGUCUGGUAAUCAUGCUCAUUUACAUCGAAAUAGUAAAUCAGCAUCGAACGUACUACAGAGUUUUGCACCGACCUCGUUACCAAUUGGACUGUACAGUGGCCUGAGCAAUAAUUGUGCCGUCAAUAAUGAUACCCAUUCGCUGGCUGCCUACCAGCAUCAUUUCAGCAGCGGUGUCGCACCAAACGGAAAUAUCGCUUAUAUACCAUAUUCGAUGAGCAGCAGUGAAACUGUACCAAAAAAUAAUAGUACGAUGACAUCAAGUUCCUCUUUGUCCAGUUCAUAGAAACCAUCCAGUUUCUAAUGACACUGGCUCUCAACCAUCGACACACUCUCUCAUUCAGAAUUAUGGUUAAAAACACACAAGAAAAACAAAACAAAAUUCCUAAAAUUAUGUAGCUAGUGAUGAACGACGUCUCGAAAAAUCAAGUCAAAAAAAUCUAUUGUUUUGAGCGUAUCGCACGCAUCAAUGUGAUGGACGUGUAUUGUGUGUUUAAAUGGGGAAUUCAAAUACAAUUUUUGAAGAAUGAAAACAAACAACAUAGAUAUUGUAAAGUAUCAAGCACAUCUUGAUAUUUGUGUUCAGUACAGUUUAGGGUUUAUAGGUGGAAUAAUGCAUCUUUAGGAACAAUACGACAUCGAUCCAAAAUAAACACACAUCCACAUCAACACACAACCGCAUACACAUUUACAGAAAACGAAAACACAUGUUGAACGAUUGACUAUUAUGCAUUACCUUCAAAAUUUAAUAUGAAAUGUAACUAGAAAAUUGGAAGCUGUGUGAAUACUAAAGAUUACACAACACACUUUCUUGCUAAAAAAAAAAUGCAGCAGCAGCAGCAGCAGAAGCAGAUGCAAGGGCAAGAGAGAGAGAGAGAGAGAGAGCAAGAAUAACGGAGUAAACAAAAAUUUAGCGCACGAAAUGUGUGAGGAAAGGCGAUAAAUUGACAAGACAUUAUACAUACAUUAUGUAAUUGCAUUAUAGAAGGCUUUUCUCUCGAUUAAUUAUUAAAACAUAUAACUAAGGACAACAGACACACACACAAACAAACAAACACACAUAUUUAUGAAUGAACAUUGAAUAAUUAAAUUAUUAUUAUUAUUAUUUAUAACCAAAUUGACUUCAUAAAACAAUGAAAAGAAGAAGAAAAAAAAAACACGAAAAAAAGUAUGCACAAGGGACAAACUAAAAACGAAAUUGCAUAUUUUGAUUAAAAAUGCCUUGGUCGGGCUUGGGCCAAUGUGUUGUAAUGGACUCACGUUAGAGAAGAAAAAAGAAAAUGGAGAAGAAACGAUAAUAGAACAUGAACCGUAAACGGGAAUCAACCAACAUUUCAAACGGAAGUAGAUCGAAAACCAGAUGAAAUAUGCAACGAUUUCUCUAAUUUUACUUUUUUUCUUCUUCUACUCUCUGAAUGAAGUAAAUACAAAAAAGAAAAAAAAAGAAAACAAGAAGAAAUAAUGUCAAAGAAUCAAGCGCAAAAUGAAUCAUUAGCUACCAACUAUUGGAAAUGAAAUAAAACAUUUCACACAAGGUGUAUGAAAUUAAAGAUAAAUCUAUAUAUAUGGACUAAGAGUUAGACGCAAGUGUAUUUAUAGUGGUAAUAUGUAUGAAAGUGGAAUAGCAAACAGAAAAAACAACAACAAAUUAUAUGAAUCAGCAACAACAAUAAUUACGAUAAAGACAUAAACAAGGAAAUGUACGAUAGAGAUGUAAGCAUACUAAUGUUGUAAUAUGAAUCAUUGAGAUGGUGAGAGUGCGAGCACGCGCGCACGCAAGAGCGAAAAUGAGAUGUAGGAAACCCCUUUAUAAUGGGCGAACAUUUAGCAACUUAUAGACUUAUAGCUUCUACAUUUAUAUAAAUGGUUAAGAGAAAAACACUAUUAUUGUUUUAUUUCAAUCUGCCGGUAAAAUGUUCUCUUUUUAUCUGAUUCACCGAACCGAUCCCAUCAAACAAAUAAACAAACACAAAAAAGGACAGGCAUACUUUUAUCACAUUGAAUCAUUCGAUUUGACGAAUUAUUGCGAUUCAAGUGUGAUACAUUUGAUUUGAAGUGAGCAAAGACUGAUUUUUUUGUGCCGCUGCUGCCAAGCGAUGUACAAUAAGAUCGUGUUUGCAGUGACAUUCGCUUGUACGUGUACAUAAGACGUCCUUUAUGUUCAUGUUGACAGUGUAUCGCUCACUAUCGAUGGCACACAGAGAAGUCAGUCUUCGUUGACUGCAAAUCAAACGCAUCAUACUUAUCACAUGAGCCCAGAAGAUCGAAUGAUUCAAUGUGAUGAAAUGAUUCCGCACCGAUGCCUGAAAUCAAACAUUCAACACAAGAUACACACAAAUCGAGAUACCAUUCAUUUGAUUUGAGACUUCUAUGCAAUUUACCAUGUUCACCACCCUCAUUUAUUUAGCAUAUCUAUAGAUAUAUAUGGACUAAGAAGUAACUGAAAAAUCAAAUGAAAAAAAUUCGAUAAAUUUAAUUUAAUUUUAUGAAAAUAAUAAGAAAAUCCAAUUAUUUUUUUGGUUCGUGUGUGAUUGAGUUUCUCAAAAAAAGUAAUCUUUUUUACGCCAAAAAAAUGGAAAAAAUAAAUAUUUUGAUGAAAAAAAUGAUGAAAUUUAUUUAAAAAAAGAACUUCAAUAGCAUUUAGACUAUUCCAAAUUUGAUUUAAUUUGCAAACUGAUUUGUAAAAUACAAUUGAAGUCUCAAACGAACUCCGAACUGGAAAAUGGUAUCCAUAUCGUUCAUUACACAUUUUGUUUGCGGGCGAUAUUUUAUUCUCCAAUCUACAUCCCUUUCAUCACGGCGCAUCCAAUUCGCUUUGUUUUGACUGGAUAUGUGAAGGCGUCAAAGGCGCCCGUUCAAAACUCCAAUGAACGUGGGUAUGUUUUAUACUUGACGCUGCCUAUGACAUUUUCUGAGUCAUUUUGUGCCGUUUAUUAUGCACAAUAGAGACGCAUCCACAUCGGUGUAAAUCAUAGCGAUUCGGAUGUUGUCUGAUUUUAAUUCAUGACGAUGACUAAAACAAAACAAUUUCGAUUGUUAAACAACAGCGACUUUUUUUCUAUAGGUUUAAUGAAUUUUGUGUUUACAAGUACAUUUUAAGGAUGAACAUUUUUUUUUU